AUGUCAGAUGAGACGAGGGUAAGGAGAGAUGAGAUAAUUAGGAAACAUUUAGGCCAAUUGGAUAAGGAGAAUCUUGACUUAAUUUCGGAGUUUGCAACUGAUUUAUUGAAGAAAUGCGGUUCUUGUAACUCAUUUGAAUCGUUUUAUAAACAAGUUCAAUGUAAUGGAGGUGAAGAGUUUAGCAAGGAGUUUGUUAAAGAGUUGUAUGAUUUCUUGCGUACUGAAGGGUUGAACGGGGAGUCAACAGUUGCCGCUAGUUCAAAAGAGGAGCCAAGAGUCGCCGGUGGUUUGGAGAAAGAGGCUGUCAAAAGACGUCGAGAACUGGUUGAUAAGGAGGAAGAAGAUUCUAAAGAUGCUAUUUAUGAGGGUCGUGUUAUCUCCUUACAGCCUUAUAGCGUGCUCAUACGUUUUGGGAAAAACCUCGGAAAGUGUCACAUUUCAGAGAUCCCUCUGGUCAAUGGAAAUUCAUGCUUUUGUCCUUCAGAAGUUUUGAAGUUGGAUCAAAAAGUUUACUUUAAAAUACUUGAUCAAUGGAUUGAACGCGGGCGAAUGAAAAUGUCAUUAUCUAUGAAAGGGAUAGAUCAGUCUACUGGUAAAAGUGAUUCCACAACUAGGCUGUGGCAACAACAGCAAAGACCACAGCAAGCUACGCAACAACUUUUUGCUUUCAACACCACUACAAACAAAUCGAAUUAUUUUCAAAACUCAAACAGAGUUGAGGAUCGAAACAAACUGGAAGUAGAAACAGGAAUAGAGCUAAACCAAGAAAGACCUCGCUUUUUACAAAACAAAAUGAUGUCUAGUGAUGGGUUCAACAUAAACUCAAUAAUCAGCAUGGACGGGAAAAUGAGUAAACUAGCUGCAAAUGGAUCAGAGUUGGCCAAAAAAUUUCGAGAAGAGAAAGCAACGCAGCAGAAGUUGAAAAAUAAAUGGGAAAAUGCAAUAUUGGAAAAUGAUCCAUUGUAUAAAAAGGAGGAUAAAGCGCUGGACGUGAUUGAGGAGUGGAAGAGUACGAAUAAUAGUAAAAAAUCUGCCAUAUUUAGCGGCAAAUUGAUUGAGCAACAAAGGAAAAGUUUGCCGAUUUAUGGCAUGAGAGAGGAGUUGGUUGAACACAUAAAGAAUAAUCAGUUUCUAGUUAUUGUAGGUGAAACGGGGUCAGGUAAGACUACCCAAAUUGUACAGUACAUAUAUGAGGAAGGAUUGAACAAAGUGAAUGGUGAAUUCAAAAUGAUUGGUUGUACACAACCUAGGCGAGUGGCGGCCACAUCUGUUGCUAAAAGAGUAGCAGAAGAAGUUAAUUGUAAUUUGGGAGAUUUGGUGGGCUAUAGUGUGAGAUUUGAUGAUUGCACUUCUUAUAGAACUAAGAUCAAAUACUUGACAGAUGGUAUGUUGGAAAGAGAAGCAUUGUCUGAUCUUGAAAUGAGCAAGUAUGCUGUAAUUAUGCUUGAUGAAGCACACGAGAGGACAAUUGCAACCGACGUCUUAUUUGCCUUGUUGAAACAAGCAGCAUUGAAAAAUCCCAACUUCAAAGUUUUGGUGACUUCAGCAACAUUAGAUUCGGAAAAGUUCUCAAGAUACUUCAACAAUUGCCCGAUUUUGAAAAUUCCGGGAAGAACUUUUCCCGUGGAAAUUUUAUACACUAGAGAACCGGAAACGGAUUACUUGGCUGCUGCCUUGGAUUCAGUUAUGCAGAUCCAUGUUUCUGAACCUGCUGGGGAUAUUUUAGUUUUUUUGACUGGUCAAGAAGAAAUUGAUACUAGUUGUGAGAUUUUGGCUGACAGAGUAAGAGAUUUAGGAAGUUCAGCUAGUUUAAAGAUGAUUAUACUUCCUGUUUAUGCUGCAUUACCAUCAGAACUUCAAAGCGAGAUUUUUGAGCCUGCACCUCCUGGUUCAAGAAAAGUUAUUCUUGCUACAAAUAUAGCGGAAACAUCGAUUACUAUAGAUGGUAUUUACUACGUUAUUGAUCCCGGGUAUGUAAAACUAAAUGCAUACGAUCCUAGAAAAGGGAUGGACACUUUGAAGAUUUGCCCAAUUAGUCAGGCCCAAGCAAACCAAAGAAGCGGUAGAGCAGGAAGAACCGGACCUGGUAAAUGUUUCCGACUAUAUACUGAAAAGCUGUACACCGAAGAAAUGUUUCCAAACACUGUACCUGAAAUUCAGCGUCAAAACUUAUCCCAUACAAUCUUGAUGUUGAAAGCCAUGGGAAUUGAUGAUCUUUUCAAUUUCGAAUUCAUGGAUCCUCCUUCAACACAAGCUAUGCUUUCGUCAUUAGAGGAUUUGUAUAUGUUAGAAGCGCUAGAUGAAGAUGGAGAGCUUACCCAACUAGGACGUCAAAUGGCAGAUUUCCCCAUGGAGCCAGCUUUGGCCAAAACAUUAAUCAAGUCGGUAGAAUAUGGAUGCACUGAAGAGAUUUUAAGUAUUGUGUCUAUGUUAUCGGUACAAACGAUAUUUUUUCGACCAAAGAGGAGGCGUAGAGAGGCAGAUGAGAAAAAGGCGAGAUUUUACCUGAGUUUAGGUGAUCAUCUAACGUUGUUCAAUGUUUACCAAAGGUGGUGUACCAGUAACUAUAGUAAAACGUGGUGUCAGGAGAACUUUAUUCAAGAACGAAGCAUGAAAAAGGCAAAGGAUGUGAGGGUACAAUUGAGAUUAAUUUUGCAAAAGUAUAAUUAUACAAUGAAUUCAUGUGGGUCGGAUUUGACGCGUGUUUUAAAGACUUUAUGUUGUGGAUAUUUCAAAAACACAGCAAAAAGGUACUCAACUGGGUACGAGACGUUAACUAAUAGAGAAGUGGUUUUUUUGCAUCCUUCAUCUAGUCAAUUUGGCAAAGAUCCAGAAUAUGUAUUAUAUGAUACCUUGUUAUUAACCAAGAGGGAGUAUAUGCACUGUGUGAGUGUUAUUGAGCCGCAAUGGCUUUUUGAAUGUGCACCUAAUUAUUUCAAAAUAGGUGAUCCUUCGCAGCCUAGACGGAGUGAGAAGAUUGUACCAUUAUUCUCGAGGAGCCAGAAUAGAAAGCAGAGAAAGGGCUGGAAAAGACAACCUUUUUCUGUGAAAAGGAGGUAG